AUAGAUGAAUCAUCCGUGAUGCAACUGGCAGAGAUGGGGUUCCCUCUGGAAGCCUGUCGGAAGGCAGUGUACUACACUGGGAAUAUGGGGGCAGAGAUGGCCUUUAACUGGAUAAUAGCACACAUGGAAGAGCCAGAUUUUGCCGAGCCUCUGGCAAUUCCCACUUACAUGGAACCAGACCUGCCCGGCCCCAGCUUCCCUACUAGCAGUGUGCUGGACAACCAACCUCCAGAAGAGAGCAUCUCCAUCCUCACCUCCAUGGGCUUCCCCAGACAUCACACAAUCCAGGCUCUCAAAGCCACAGACACCUGCGUGAACUUCACUGCGUGGAACCGACUCCACACAUCGACUAAAAAAUUACCUUGA